AUGGUGCGCCUGCGAAUGGGCGAAAAAGCCUCUCGCUUCACUCUUCUGGCCGUGUUUUCAACUAUGUUUGCGGCAAACAUGUACGUGAUGGGAAGAGCCAUCUCAGGAAACCCAAUCCGAAUUGAAGGAUUUGAAACAAAAGAAGAGGGAAGAAAGACACUUGCAAAACUUUAUCAAAUUGAUAGUUAUGAAAAAUUGAAGCAAGAAUUUGUGAACUCUUUUUCGUCAUCUUCUCAGUCAAAUUCAACAGAAGAAUCUGAAAGCUUGAAACAAAUGUCACCAGAAGAUACCACAGAAAGGAAAAAUAAAACAAACCCAACUGUAGAAGAAGAUGACGAGUCUUUUUACAUCAAGAUUAAGAAAUAG